CAGAGAGUAAUAAUGUGGAGAAAACUCUCUCUCCGAUCAUUCUCCGGCGAGGUCCCCGUUCUCUACUCCUUCCUCCAGCCCACCAUCUUCGCUCCGGCGAAGCCCCGACCAUCUCCACCAUUGCCCCCACCUCAAGCUCCAUCCCCAUCCCCAUCCCCAUCCCCAUCUCCGGCCGAUAUCUCCACCCUCCAAUCCCAGCUCCAGUUGUCCCUCUCCUCCGGCGAUCUCGACCUCGCAUGGCGUUCCUUCAAGUCCCUCGCCGCCCUAUCGCCUGCCCUUCCUUCCAAUCUCUCCAACUCCCUCAUCUCCUGCCUCUCUUCCCCUCCUCUUCAUCUCCCCCACCUCAAGCGCGCUCUCGCCGCCACCCUCCAUCUUCUCUCCCACUCCCCUCACUCUCUUUCCUCGCACUCUCUUCUUUCCCUCUUCUCCUCCCUCUCCUCCGCCCCUUCCCCUGCUCCCGCUCUCACUCUCGCCCGUUCCCUUCUCCAAAACCGCUUCUUUGCCCCCUUCUCCAUCUGGGGUCCCUUCUUGCUCCCCAUAGUCAAGACACCCCAUUGGUUCCCUCCCUUCUUGAAGCUCUUUGAGGAAAGCUGCAAGCUUGCUCUUCAAGAACGCGCCAACGAGAUGAAGCCUGACCUAGCCUCGUGCAACGACGUGCUCGACGGGUGCUGCCGCGUUACUGGCUCCGUUUCCGACGCCGAGAGGGUUCUGGAGAUUAUCUCGUCGCUGGGGUUGUCGCUGGAUGAACGGAGCUUUGGGUUGCUUGCCUACUUGUACGCCUCCAAAGGGCUGGAAACUAAGAUUGUUGAAUUGGAUUGUUUGAUGACUGCUUUGGGUUUUAUGAAUAAAAAGAUGAGCUUUUUCAGGAGUUUGAUUAGUGGGUAUGUGAAAAGUGGGGAUUUUGAUUCAGUUUCAAAGGUUCUCUUGCGUGCGUUGAAGGAGAAGAAUGGUGGAAAUGACUGUGUUUUGGAUGAAGAUGGUUAUAAAGAGGUUGUGAAGGGGUUUGUUGAGAAUGAGAGGUUCAAAGAUUUGGCUGCUUUGAUCAUUGAGACACAAGAAGUUGAAUCUCAUAUGGAAAUGGUUGGCAUUGAGAGCUCUGUGGGUUUUGGGAUUGUGAAUGCUUGUGUUGUUUUAGGGUGGCUUGAGAAAGCACACAACUUGCUUGAUGAAAUGUCUGCUCAGGGAGCUGCAGUGGGGAUUGGAGUAUACUCAUCGAUACUGAAAGCUUAUUGCAAAGAGCAGCGCACUGCCGAGGCGGCACAGUUGGUGACGGAGAUUAGUGCUGCCGGACUUCAAUUGGAUGUAGGCAGCUUCGAUGCUUUGAUUGAUUCAUCAAUGACGGCGCAGGAUUUUCAGUCGGCGUUCUCGCUUUUCAGGGACAUGAGGGAGGCGAGGUUGCCUGAAUUGAAGAUGAGCUAUUUGACUAUAAUGACAGGAUUGAUGGAGAAUCACCGGCCGGAGCUCAUGGCUGCAUUCUUGGACUCGGUCAUUGAUGAUCCGCGUGUGGAGGUUGCUACUCAUGAUUGGAAUUCUAUCAUUCAUGCAUUUUGCAAGGUUGGGAGAUUGGAGGAUGCGCGGAGAACUUACCGACGAAUAGUGUUCUUAAGAUUUGAGCCGAAUCAACAGACGUUCUUGUCACUCAUCAAUGGAUAUGUCUCCACCGAGAAGUUCUUCAGCGUGUUGUUGCUAUGGACUGAUGUGAGAAGGAAGGGGAUGAAAUUGGACCAUGAUUUGUUGGAUGCCUUCUUGUAUGCUUUAGUGAAGGGAGGGUUCUUCGACGCGGCAAUGCAGGUGGUAGAGAAGGCACAAGAGUUGAAGAUUUUUAUCGACAAGUGGAGACAUAAGCAAGCUUUCAUGGAGAAACAUAAAAAGCUAAAGGUGGCAAAGCUUAGAAAGAGGAACUUCAGGAAGAUGGAAGCUUUGAUAGCCUUCAAGAAUUGGGCUGGUCUCAAUGCAUAAUUUAACUGUUUCUCAAGAUAGUGAUAUUUACUUUUCAUUUCUACAACAGUUCAAUCAAUCCAUGAAAUGAAAGUUUCAGAGAUGAUUUCUGAAUCUUUCAUCACAGAAUCAGGAGUUUUUUUAUCA